AUUUGCCGGUACUGCUAUCAGCUCGCCUUCUCCAUAUGGGCAGAGUAUUAGUAUUGAACUCUCUGUUGAAGCCUCUAAGGCACUUAUUGCUAUAAAUAGAGAGCUGCAAUGGUCGGAACUAUACUAUCGUGGCUACUUUGAGCUGCAUAUCACUCCAAAGGAAGUUGAGGCCCAAUACUUUGGCAUGCCUACCAUUAUGACUCGCAAUCCCGGCGAGAUUUCGCUAGCCAAUUUCACAGUCAAGAGCGGUGACAAUCAUCUUUAUCGGGGUGUCAGUGGCGUUGCAGGAGGCGUGGUGGUGAAUGGGGCUCUUAAAAGUGGCCAGACUAUCCAGAUUCCAGACCAACAUCACGAACAGCACCGAUACUAGGCUGUGGUUCAUCAGCCGUGAUGACCAAGAAGACCUCUAGUGCUGAUUUUCCGACUUUGCGUAUGUCGGAUGACUUGGG